AUGAGGAGAAAUUAUCCAAUAACCAUAAAGGGGGACUCUGAAGACUUAAUAAAAAAAAAUGCACAAAAGAAUCUUUCGGUGGUUGUUGUUAUUGUAAUUUCCGCAGCCCGCAGAGCUCAGCAAACCCGCAGGCGGGGCCGGGGCGGUGUUUGCCCACGAGACCGCGUUGGCUCGGCCCCCGUGUGUGUGUGUGUGUGUGGGGCUUUUAAAGGUCCUUCCCCGAUAAACGCGGCAGAGGAUGGAAAGCCCAGUGAGAGAGCCCUGUCACGGUGUCCGGCCCCGCUGUCCCGGACGGGACGGGCCCGCGGGAGGGCGCGGAUUCCCAGGCGUGGCUCCCGCCCCGGCACGGGCAGGGACACGGCCGUGCCGGGCGAGGCGGCCCCGGGGCAGCUCCUGGCCGGGGCCCCGCAGGAGCGUGCGGGAGCGCGGCCGAGCGUCCCUGGGGGUAGGGAUUUAGUAUUUCAUUUUGAACAGGAUUUACAAGAGGAACGUCGAGUAUUGAAAGAGGAUCAAAAAAUACAUCGGAGCAAGGCAAUGAAAUAUUUGAUGGAGACAAACAGAAGAAGAAGAGCCUUUGAAGAAAGACAGAAGGAAGAAGAAGCAAAAGAACAAAGAUUUAGAGAACAAGUUCUGCAGCAGAGGAAAAUUAAAUUUCAGGAGGCAACUGCUAAGUUUCAGCAUGCUCAUCAGUCCUUGUCUCCACACAAACAAACGGCUCUGAUCUCUCCAGUCCAGACAAAAGCAGCUUUUCAGUUAGAAGAAGCUCUUGAACAAAUUAAAGGAUCAGUUUUAAGACCAAACAUAAACAAAAUCAACUUCAGAACCACAGAUGACACUUCAUCCUCAUCAGCAUCUAGAAGUGAUUCUUUCCAUCAGAAGCAGAAUUCAGCAAUGUUUGGCUGUGAUGAAACAAUACAGGAGAGCAGUAGAACAGACAUGGAUAGUCACCAACUUCUCUUUCAGAAAAAUCUGAAAGAAAUGCAAGAGCUCCUUGAAAAGCAGCAUCUCAACAAAUUGGAGAAUUUUCAUCAAGAAGUCAAAGAAACAGAUGAUUCAGAAAGCCUGAUGAGCCUUGACAGUCUUGAGGCUGGAGAACAAAAUGGAAAUUGCACAACACAGAAUGAAUCAUCUUUUACCACACAAUGUGACUGUGCCCUGUACAAUCCAGAAAAAUGCCAGACUAGGAAUAAUGGUUUACUUCACACAGAUCAAAGUACUUCUAAAAAUGCACAUCUAAAUAAUUGUCUGAGAAAUGUAGAUUUGCUACACUACCACAACAUACCUAUUCAUGAUCUUUUAGCUAAACAUAAUGUUCUAACUCCUGCUGAAUGUGCAAACACUUCAGAAGAGGAAUCAUCUGUUUCUCACAGAUCUGGAAAACAACCUGCAGAAUUUUCUGCCUCUGGUAAGCAAAAGAGCUCUGUAAGUAAUGCAUUUAGUUUUCUGCAAAAUAUCAAAGACAGAAGCAAGCCAUCUUCUGGAACAGCUAGCACAUUUGCCACUGGUCAUCCUAUUUUCAGUUGUAGCAGAGCGAAGGACAGCCCUGAUUCUAUUCCAGGAGAAAGAAUUCAGGAUCUGAUGCAAGAUCAGAGUUUUAAAAUGACCCCACAGGAGAGAACUAAAUCUAUGCAAGAAUCCAGUCAACCUAUUGCAACAUCUGUAAUCUUAUUUCCUAACUGGGGAUGUUCCACUGGCAUUCCCAGCACAGCUGAUGUAUUAGCAAAGGACAAAAACAUCAGUACAGGCUUUUUAAAAAAUACCUUAGGAAAAAUGACUGAAACGAAAGAAGAAAAUAUUAAAUACAUGAAUGACAUUAUUUCAGAGGCAUUGUUUAAUUCUGACAGUCCUUCACAGGACAAAAUCCUGAAAAAUAAUAUUCUUGAAAGAAAAAGAGUGAAGUUAUUCAGAAGUAUCCUAAAGAAGGAUUCUAAAUACGAACCUAGUAAUUUUAAAGCUGUGAUUACAGACCAUGGGAUCAGUUUUGAAACUCAACUUAUGUCAUCUAUUAGAGACAGUUUAGAACUGGCAAAAAUAAAAAGGAAAAGUGCAGAAAAUGAAAAAUAUAAUAGGAAGCUAAAAUGGUGUGAUCAAAUUGACCAGAUAAUAAUAGAAAAUAAUGAAAAAUACUAUGAAAAAAGCAUCAGUGAAAUAUCUUCUUCACAGCUGCAAUGUGUUCAAACUGCAAAUAACACUCCUAAGAAUAAUUUAAGUACUGUUGCUCAGCCUUCAAACCCCAUGUUCAUAAAAAAUCAUCAGGAAAAUUCUCAUAUGUCAAAACCAAAUGUUAAUACUGAAAAAUCAAAUAAAGAAUACCCAUCUCAGGAUAUAUUUACAUCUGCAGGAUCCUUUUCUGCUAAGAAAGCUUGGAUGGUAUCAAAAGAUGAUGCAAGUAAACCCCCAAUAUGUAGCAAUAAUGCUAAAAUUAAAGAAGGUGGUCAACUCAAAAAUAAGGCAAAAAUAGCCAGAAGAGCAACAUCUGUAAGAGUCCAGUCAUGUUUUAUGCCCAAGAAGAGAAGAGACACUAUGAUCCAACUGCAGUCAGCCACGGAAGCCAACAAAACUCAAAAAGCUCCAGGGAAGUAUUUUGCACCUCACCCACCUUCCACACCUCUGCCGGGAAGCAGAAGUGUUGAAAACACAGCCAGCCCUGGGUGUCAGUCACUGCUGCCUGCCAGCCUGCAAGCUACCAGUGCUAGCAACACUGAUUUCACUGACAGGCAUGUAGUGCUAGCAAGUCAGGUUUUAAGUAGGAGCAGUGCAGAAAACAGGGAGAAUACUGCUGGUUGUGCUGGCGUGGUCACUGCAAUCUCUACACCUGACUGCAACACGGCCAAAUACGAACCUUGGGCAAAAAAUACUUGUUCUGUAAAUAAUGUUCAGGCAAGCGCCUGUCAAGAUCAUUCAGUAACUUGCUCUGAGAGAAGACCUGUUAACACAGAAAAUGGAUUACAUCUCUAUCAUAUCCCAGCAGCUGGAAAAACAAGCACCUUCUGGCACGGAGCACAUUCUACCCAAGCUCCAAAAGGCUCUGCUACUGGUGGUGUUCCUGUUACAAGACAAAAUCAGGCUUUUGACAACUAUGAAAAUAAACGCCGAGUUUUUUCAGAAUGCAGAAGACAAAGUGUUGUCUCUAAAAUGUGGAAGCCUGCUCAUCACACACAGAAUUCAUUAUGUGCUGUCCAGCUGAAUCCCAUUCAAUCUGCAGUGGAUCCAGUACAAAAGAUGAAAAACCUCUCUGAACCUGAGGAAGUUUCAGAAAGCACUGCUCAGUUUCUAGUGGCAGAAAAACUAGCAAAUACACCCAUUGCAGAGUGUGAAAUCCUGGCAGCCAUGGACCAUGUGAAGACAGCCAGCCAGCCCUCACUGCUUAAAAGGGCUCUGUGUCCAGGCAGGAGUGCUCUUUCCAUAGAAGAACAGAAGAUUUUCCAGUCUCUGGAUUGUCUGAAUCAAAAGCUACAAAAUGUUCAAGAAGCUAUUAUCAGAAACCCAUUUGCUUCACAUGUUUUGCAAUAAGCAACCCUUAAGUAUUCAGCAAUGCAUGUCCUCCCCUUGGGUGAGCCCUGCAAUAGUCUCACAGCAGUACCAGAGUACCUCCAGCUGGCAACCCACUGCAGUGGUACAGGAGACACUGACAUUAUCUGCUACAGGAUCUUGUGGCUUUAUGUACUUUAUAUGCAGUGUGUAUACUUUUUGACACUACAAAAUUAGCAACAAAAUUAAGAAGAAAGCAGAAACUCAAAUAAUGAAUGUCAAUUGACUGGUAAGCAUUUUUAGGAUAAUUAAGUGUAUUUUACUCUGCAUUUUAUCAUAAAAUCAAUUUUUAAAAAGCCAUCUGAAUUGUUAUGCCAGUUCUUGAUUAAAGGC